UAGACGAUCUUUGUGUGAGUGAGUCUGAACAGGUGCAUUGUGGGAGGCAGUCUCUGACGCCGUCCUGUUUAUUUCUUGACAUCUAAACGCCACUUUUCUUUCUAUAACGAAGCUAAAAUGCAGAACAAAGCCGACAUUAUAUAAGGUAUUAAUUCAAAAGAAACAUUUAAGACCCGCAGUCGCCAGGACGGACUGUAACAUGGAGGCCGGUGAAGGUGUCAGCAGUGCCACGCCCACGGAGGAGAUGAACGGAGCUGGAAACUUGAUGGAUUUCCUGGACGAGCCUUUUCCUGACGUGGGCACGUAUGAAGACUUCCACACCAUCGACUGGCUGAGGGAGAAAUCCAGAGACACGGACCGACACCGCAAGAUCACCAGUAAGAGUAAGGAGUCCUUCUGGGAGCUGAUCAAGAGCCUGCUGGACGCCUGGUCAGGAUGGGUGGUGAUGCUGCUCAUCGGACUCCUCUCAGGGACGCUGGCCGGAGUGAUCGACCUGGCGGUGGACUGGAUGACAGAUCUGAAGGAAGGUGUGUGUCUGUCGGCCUUCUGGUACAGCCACGAGCAGUGCUGCUGGACGUCCAACGAGACGACCUUCGACGACCGGGACAAGUGUCCUCAGUGGCAGAAGUGGGCCGAGCUGAUGACGGGUCACGCUGAGGGAGCGGGAGCGUACGUGUUGAACUACUUCCUGUACGUUCUGUGGGCUCUGCUGUUUUCCUUCCUGGCGGUGUCACUGGUGCGAGUGUUCGCUCCGUAUGCCUGCGGGUCAGGAAUCCCAGAGAUCAAGACAAUCCUGAGCGGCUUCAUCAUCCGGGGCUACCUGGGGAAAUGGACCCUGCUGAUCAAGACGGUCACCCUGGUUCUGGCGGUGUCGUCGGGUCUCAGCCUGGGGAAGGAGGGCCCUCUGGUCCACGUGGCCUGCUGCUGCGGAAACCUCUUCUGCAGUCUCUUCUCCAAGUACAGCAAGAACGAGGGCAAGCGCCGAGAGGUGUUAUCGGCCGCAGCAGCAGCUGGCGUGUCGGUGGCCUUCGGUGCACCUAUCGGCGGAGUUCUGUUCAGCCUGGAAGAGGUCAGUUACUACUUCCCUCUGAAGACUCUGUGGCGUUCGUUCUUCGCCGCGCUGGUCGCCGCCUUCACGCUGCGCUCCAUCAACCCGUUUGGCAACAGCCGCCUGGUGCUCUUCUACGUGGAGUACCACACGCCGUGGUACAUGGCCGAGCUGGUGCCCUUCAUCCUGCUGGGCGUGUUCGGCGGCCUCUGGGGGACCCUCUUCAUCCGGGCCAAUAUCGCCUGGUGCCGUCGAAGGAAGACCACCCAGCUGGGGAAGUACCCGGUCCUGGAGGUCAUCGCCGUGACGGGUAUCACCGCAGUGCUGGCGUUUCCAAACCCGUAUACCCGGCGCAGCACCAGCGAGCUCAUCUCGGAGCUUUUCAACGACUGCGGCGCACUGGAGUCGUCACAGCUGUGUGAUUACAUCAACAACCCCAACAUGAGUCGGCCGGUGGACGACAUCCCGGACCGACCAGCGGGGCCUGGGGUCUACAACGCCCUCUGGCAGCUCGCCCUCGCUCUCGUCUUUAAAAUCGUCAUCACCAUUUUCACCUUUGGCAUGAAGAUCCCGUCAGGUCUCUUCAUUCCCAGCAUGGCUGUUGGAGCUAUCGCAGGACGAAUCGUCGGGAUUGCCGUAGAGCAGAUGGCGUACCACCACCACGACUGGAUCAUCUUCAAGAACUGGUGCCGGCCCGGCGCGGACUGUGUCACACCGGGACUCUACGCCAUGGUGGGAGCCGCCGCCUGUCUGGGCGGGGUGACCAGGAUGACCGUCUCCCUGGUGGUCAUCAUGUUUGAGCUCACGGGCGGUUUGGAGUACAUCGUCCCCCUGAUGGCCGCCGCCGUCACCAGCAAGUGGGUGGCGGACGCCUUUGGGAAGGAGGGCAUCUACGAGUCUCACAUCCAGCUCAACGGCUACCCUUACCUGGACGUCAGGGACGAGUUCACCCACCGCACGCUGGCCACCGACGUGAUGCGGCCCCGCAGGAACGACCCGCCCCUGGCCGUCCUCACCCAGGACACCACCACGGUGGAGGACGUGGAGGCGCUGAUCAAAGACACCGAUUAUAACGGCUUCCCCGUGGUCGUUUCCAGAGAGUCGGAGAGGCUCAUCGGCUUCGUUCAGCGCCGGGAUCUCACCCUGGCCAUCAAGACCGCCCGUCAGAAGCAGGACGGCGUGGUGAGCAGCUCGGUGGUCUACUUCACCGAGGACGCGCCGCAGCUGCCGGCCAGCAACCCGCAGCCACUGAAGCUGCGACGCAUCCUGAACCUCAGCCCCUUCACCGUCACCGACCACACGCCCAUGGAGACGGUGGUGGACAUCUUCCGCAAGCUGGGCCUCCGCCAGUGUCUUGUCACCAGGAGCGGGCGUCUCCUGGGCAUCAUCACCAAGAAGGACGUCCUGCGGCACAUGGCUCAAAUGAUGAACCAGGAUCCAGAGUCCAUCAUGUUCAAUUAGCAAAAGAGAGAGAGGAGCUUUACUCCGCUGACGUUGUAAAUAGGUGAAACCAGUGCGACACUACUGUAACUGCAACCUGUGAAGAAUUCCUCCCACCUCAUGACAGGCAAGUCCUAACCGUAGUAACCACAUCAUCGCUGCUCCACGUGUUUUCAAUGUAACUGCGCUGGAAUAUUUAGCCAGAGGCAGAAAGCUUUUACUUCCGCUUAACAAUUUCAACCCCUAAGAAGAUCUAUUGUUUGCAGACUGAAAAAAGAGAAGAGCUGAUCUUUUUCUUCUUCUUCUAUAAUCUGGAAACACAGGUACUGUCACACACGUUUAGCAUGUUUAAUGUUCAGAGUGCCAAACUCUGGGUCUUCAGUUUCAACAGUGUCAAGAUCAACACUCCCACGGUCAUUCAUUUAAUCAAUAAAUCAAUGACUGUGGGAGUGAAGCAUUAAACUGUAUUGCUUCAAGUUCAAGUAAAACGUUUAGAAAGCCAGGCUGAAGGGAAAACUGGGACAGAAAGCAGUAUUUACAACUUGGAAACAAAGUUGUGGUCAAGUGUAAGGAUGUGUUAACAGGGUUGCUGCACAGACCUGAAAGGUCUGGCACGUUGUAGAAAAUUAAUUUGAUACUAAUAAUCUUAUGUAAUCUUACAAUGAUGAUCAUGAAGUCUGAAAAAACUGUAUGUAUGAAAUAUCAUCUCACUCAAAAAGGGUGUAUUUGAAGAUAGUGUUUAACUAAAUCCUCACAUUUGAGUACCAUCUACUGGAGCUUAUACACUGACUAUGGAGAAGCAGCUCA